CGGAGGCUCAAUUCAUGAGUCUGUAAGAAAGAGGUUCUUAAGUAUCCUCCAAUUUCUUAGCACUUUUGUUUGCCUCCUCGUUGAUAAGUCCUCUGGGCCAAGGCAGCCGGUCCUACAACUUUCCUCGCGCUCUUUGUCCCCGCUCGUGAUCAAUCUUUCGUUUUCUUACCCACCUAACUUCCUGGUAUCGUACUCAUGCACCAUGAACAAGAUGUCAAUCCUGCCUAUCCAGAAGCCGCGGCAGCACGAACAAGUGGACAGUAAAUUGAAAGAACAAACACUGGGAACAGUUCAACUACGCGACAAUGAAACAAAUGAAAUCAUCUUGGUUCCUACGCCCUCAAAUGACCCCAAGGAUCCUCUCAACUGGUCAUCCACCCGCAAAUACUACAUCUUUUCGCUUACAUGCUUUGGAAUCUUCUUCGCUCAUGCUGUGAUUGUCGGGCCUGCUGUUGCUCUGGAGUUGAUUACUAUCGAAUUCUUCGGUCCUGGACCCGACUCUGUGCGGAACAACAUUGCCAAAGCAUCAUACCUCCAAACCGGGUGUUCACUCAUGAUUGGUGUGGGCAAUCUUAUCUGGGUGCCUCUCGCUAUCAAGUACGGCAGAAGACCUGUGUAUAUCGUGUCCUAUCUUUUGCUUACGGCAAGCUGCAUAUGGAGCGGUGUGGCAGCUUCUUUUGGCAGUGCACUUGUUGGCAGGCUGUUUCUCGGCUUUGCUUGUGCUGCUGCGGAAAUCGUCGCACCUCUGACAAUCACUGAUCUGUUUUUCUUGCACCAACGCGGGCGUGCCAUGGUUAUCUACACAUGCUCGUUAUCUGCAGGCGUCGGUGUUGGCGUGGUGUUUUCUGGCCUGAUUACGCAAAGUUACAGCUGGAGGAUGAUAUUCUGGGUCUUUUCUGCCUUCGUCGGGACUUGUACGGUCCUGGUCCUGUUCACCUUUCCCGAAACACAUUAUCGAAGGCGGUCUACAAUGGAGCUAGAGGUGGUAUCGACCAGACGUGAUUCUGCCAAGCCAUGUUCUCAGUAUCUCGAGGACCCUCCUUCUUCUUCUUCACACGCGUCAUCUCCAUCGAAGUGGAAGACCUAUCUGGCAGCCAUGAGAGUCUUCUCGGGGACUUACACUAGCGAACCUCUUCUGGCUCUGAUGUUCCGUCCUCUUGUCGCCAUUGCUCUGCCGGCUGUGUUCUGGGCAACCUUGGUCAACGCAAUCACGACUGGCAUGAUCGUUGUGAUAUCCGCCAACUUCUCGAACGCCUUUUCAACGGUCUACGAUUUUCAGACCUGGGAAUCUGGUUUGACGUACCUAUCUACAAUACUUGGCUCCUUUCUAGCCAUUUUUUGCGGCGGUCACUUCACAGACUGGGUGGCAGACAAGCUGACGAUUCGGAGCGGCGGAACUAGGAUCCCCGAAAUGCGGCUACCUGCCAUGGUAAUCAGCCUGAUCACGGGUCCCCUAUCAUGCAUUCUAUACGGUUUAGGCUUCGAGAAGGAACUGCAUUGGAUAUGUCCCACCAUUGGCAUUGGUCUUGUGAACUUCACGACAGUACAGUCUAACAACGUGGCUCUGGUUUACAUCCUUGAUUCGUAUCGACCUAUAGCGGGCGAGGUUAUAGUCACGCAAUCCUUCUUCAAAGCUGUUCUUGGAUUUCUUCUAAGCUUCUACGUCAAUGUUUGGGUUCAAGAAUCAGGAUACCUCUCUGCCUUUGGAACCUUGGCAGGUAUAUCUGCGACCGUGUUCUUGUCAAUAAUUCCCUUCUACUUUUUUGGAGAUCGAAUGCGACAGGCAACAUGGAAGUGGAAAUUUUCCAGACAGUUUCUCCAUUGGCAUCCAGAUCGAGAGGUUGGCGAAUAGACCACCUCAGUAGGCGCUACGUUGUACGCUCGGUGUCCGAACAGCACUCUUUCCCUGCGAGUAUGUGAUAUUUCACAAGACAAAGGCAGUAGAAAUCCCAACGGUCACUCACUUAGUCUUACAAAG